UCCCCGCAAUCUACCGCAGCAUCUACUAAAUAUCAUACCCCUUUUUGUAUUAAAUUUCUUUGAGCAAAAACAAAAGAAAAAGACCGACUUUUAUUCAUACUUAUACAAACAGUCAUGGCAUCGCAGUCAUACUACGAGCUUUUGGAGGUCGAAAUCUCGGCCACUGAUGCCGAGAUCAAGCGCUCUUACAGGAAAUUGGCAAUGAAGUAUCAUCCUGACAAGAACCCAGAGGGUGCCGAACAGUUCAAGGAUAUCAGCCACGCAUACGAGACACUCAGCGACCCCGACAAACGCGCCGCAUACGAUCAGUACGGAUCAGAGGGCCCACACCGCGGCCACCCAUUCGACGGAUUUUAUGACGGCGGUGAUAUGGACGGCAUGGAAGACAUGUACGCAAACUUCUUUGGUGGCGGCGGCGGCGGCGGUGGACGGCAAAGAGCACCGCAGGUUGAAAGACAUGCGCUCUCUGUCACCCUGGAGGAACUGUUCCGCGGAAAGAAGAUUCGCAUGAAGCUGACGCGCUCAGUGCCCUGCAAGGUGUGCAAGGGCCUGGGUGGCAAAAAGUCAGUGCUCAAGGACUGCUUCGAGUGCUCCGGAAAGGGGUUCCGUAUAGCCACACAGCAGGUGGGCCCAGGGCUUUUGUCGCAGAUGCAGGUCAAGUGCAAUGGGUGCAAGGGAUCGGGGAAGAUUAUUCCCGAGAAGAGCCGGUGCCGCAAGUGCAAGGGCGAGUGUGUUGUUGAUGAGAACGAUACCGUGGAGGUUGUCAUUAAGCCUGGAGAGCUGAACAACGCACAGAUUGUGCUCAAGGGCAAGGGCGACCAGAAGCCGGGUAUGGAUCCACUUGAUCUAAUUUUUGUCAUUAACCAGAAGGCUCAUGGCGUGUUUACCCGCGACAACGCUGAUCUGACGACAACUGCCGAGAUUGAUUUGGCAGAGGCCCUGUGCGGGUUCUCCAGGGUGCUUCUGACGCACUUGGAUGGCCGCGCCAUCGAGGUCACGCACAAAGCUGGCGCCAUUCGGCCUGGCGAUGUGCUGUUCAUUAAGGGCGAGGGCAUGCCGGUCGCGGGUAAGUCCGGUAGCCGCGGAAAUCUGUAUAUCAAGAUCAAUAUCAAGUUCCCGGCUCAGGGCUGGAAGCCCGAUGUGACCGCGCUCAGAUCGUUGCUGCCCGAAACGAAAUGGCCUAAGGUCACGCCGAGCACUGAUGCCGAGACAGGGACUGUCGCUGGUGUGGCCAUCACAACCCAGGAGUUUGAAAGGCGCGUUGAUCGCGACAUCCCUGAGCCUGAAGACGAGUACGCCUAUAGUGGGCACGAACAUGCUGUGCCCGAGUGCAACACGCAAUAGUUCCCCCAAUAGUGCCGCUGUUUAUCUGCAUAUAUUUUUCUUCCUUUUAAUACAAUAUACAAAAAAUACAAUGUAGAACUACUGAUGCCA